GCUCCCAGCGAUCCUGGACCUGGCGCGCGGCUACCUGACUGUCAACAUUGAGCCUCUCCCACCCGUGGUGGCUGGUGAUGCUGUGACCUUGAAGUGUAACUUCAAGACAGAUGGCCGCAUGCGUGAGAUCGUGUGGUACCGGGUGACGGAUGGCGGCACCAUCAAGCAGAAGAUCUUUACUUUCGACGCCAUGUUCUCCACCAACUUCUCCCACAUGGAGAACUACCGCAAGCGAGAGGACCUGGUGUACCAGUCCACCGUGAGGCUGCCCGAGGUCCGCAUCUCUGACAACGGUCCUUACGAGUGCCACGUGGGCAUCUACGACCGCGCUACGAGGGAGAAGGUGGUCCUGGCAUCAGGCAACAUCUUCCUCAACGUCAUGGACCAGGGCUCGCCUCUCGUUCCAGGGUUGCCUCUCUCCACCUACUAUCCACCCAUCUCGGCUCCAGCCUCCCGACCCCACCAGAGCGGGCCUGCAGCUCCUCCCACCUCCAUUGAGGUGGUGGCCGCUGACACACCAGCCCCCUUCAGCCGCUACCAAGCCCAGAACUUCACGCUGGUCUGCAUCGUGUCGGGAGGGAAACCGGCGCCCACGGUUUAUUUCAAACGAGAUGGGGAGCCCAUCGACGCAGUGCCCCUGUCAGAGCCGCCGGCUGCUAGCUCCGGCCCCCUCCAGGACAGCAGGCCCUUCCGCGGCCUGCUGCACCGUGACCUGGACGACACCAAGAUGCAGAGGUCACUGUCCCUGCUGGACGCUGAGAGCCGGGGCGGGCAUUCCUACACAGAGCGCCCCUCCCGCAGCCUGACCCCGGAUCCCAGCAUCCCCCUCCAGCCAACCACCGAGAACAUCCCCGAGACGGUGGUGAGCCGCGAGUUCCCCCGCUGGGUCCAUAGCUCCGAGCCUGUCUACUUCCUGAGCCACAGCCGCACGCCGGGCAGUGACGGCACCGUGGAGGUGCGCGCCCUGCUCACCUGGACGCUCAACCCGCAGAUCGACAACGAAGCCCUCUUCAGCUGUGAGGUCACGCACCCGGCACUGUCGAUGCCCAUGCAGGCAGAGGUCACGCUGGUUGCCCCCAAAGGACCCCAAAUCAUGAUGACGCCCAGCAGAGCCCGGGUCGGGGACACAGUGAGGAUUCUGGUCCAUGGAUUUCAGAACGAAGUCUUCCCAGAGCCCAUGUUCACAUGGACGCGGGUUGGGAGCCGCCUCCUGGACGGCAGCGCUGAGUUUGACGGGAAGGAGCUGGUGCUGGAGCGGGUUCCCGCUGAGCUCAACGGCUCCAUGUACCGCUGCACGGCCCAGAACCCUCUGGGCUCCACCGACACACACACCCGGCUCAUCGUGUUUGAAAACCCAAAUAUCCCAAAAGGAACGGAGGACUCCAAUGGUUCCACGUCUGGCCCUGCUGGCAUCCGGCUCACCUUGGUGCUCGCCCUGACAGUGGUCCUGGAGCUGACGUGAAGGCUCAGCCCUGCUCCCUCCAUUCCAUCUGGCACUGACAUCUCUGCAAUUGGUUUUCAUUUCUUUUCUAAACUACUUCCAGUCUUGUUCUUAGUCUCUUUCUGUCCAUGU